CCUGACGCCAGUCUGUCCGAGAUUCAAGUAACGGAAAGAUCGGUUCCUCUGGUCCAGCGCGGUCCGCGUUCGCGUCUCGUAUCCUUUUCCUUCUAAUGCGUGAUCCUCACGAUCUAUCUGUGGAUUGGAUCGCGUUACGCGGCCACCACGUGUCAGAGGAAUCGCUGCAUCAGUCCGGAAAGUGUGAAGUGCGUGAAAAAAGUGUUCUCGGUCCAGUGUUGUCGCGUGUGUCGUUCCGAGGCCAAUUCUGAUGAGAUUAAGAAGGUUGCGUGUAUCUGUGCGAUAUAAUUCUCCUGUAGUUGGUUACUGGAAACAGAGAACGCGUUUCUCUACCACGGAAAAGCAUUUUUUUCCAUAAUCUUGGUGAUUUUACUUUGAACUGAUCCAUUAACGAAGUGAGAAUAAGCUGAACAGUGUAUGAAGUCACCUAUCGUUGUUAGUUCGUUGAAUAGGAUAUAAUCGAGCGACACGCAGUGUAACAGUGAUUCGAUGUGGAUUUUUUGUCGGUCUCGAAUGAUCGAUCGGAGUUCCUGUCUUUAGAUGGUGGCUCGUCGAAAUUGCUCGGAUUAUCGAUAUGUUCGUAUUAGGUACUGAUUCCCUGGAAUAAUAACGUUUCGUUCCAUUCGAAAUUCUCUCGAAACGUGUCGACACAAUUUUCUGGAAACGGUGUAUAUACGAGAAGCAAUAAAGAAAUGUCCGCGUAAUAACGGAAGAAGAAAAUUUGAAAAGCUUUGGUUCGUCCAAAGAGUAAAAAAGAAAAAGAAAAUAAAGAACAGUGGUAAAACGGUGGACGUAAUUCGACAGCAUCCGGUGCCUUCUUUUCUCUAUCCGCUCCGACGAGCCGGGUCGUAAGGAUGAAGCGAACCGGUAAACAUCGGAGCCAUGGCUUUCUCUUGGGCAUCAUUAGGGCGGGCGCUUUUUAUUUGUACCGCCAUAUUAAACAUGCUAUCAGAAACGAGAUCGUUUUUUUGUAACUUGGACGAUAUUUUCAAAAUGAUUCCACCCAUUCCUUGGGUUUUCUCAAAACGAUCAAUUUCACCUCUCCAAACUUGAUCCAAUCAUAUUUUUACAUCGAAAAAAUCGAAAUAUAAUAUGCCAUCGAAAACAUCGUAUAAGAAAUAACAACAGAGAAGCAUACUGCGCAAUAUUUAUGUUUCAUAACGUUCGCUUGGGAAAUGUCUACGUCCGCAUGUUGACUAUUCGCAGGAAGGUAAUCAGCGAGUUUUCCAAGAAAGGUGGAUAAACAUUGUUUUGAACGUAAAAAGGAACUUGGUUUACAUAGCAAACUCGUUCAACUCUCGCCGAUAAUAACAUCCAACGGUAUCUCCAGAAUUAUAAAGAUGACGUAAAUGUAUUCGUACGAGAAUUCGAGCGUGAUCGCGUUGAAACGGACCCUUCGGGCAGUCAUUUUGGAAUAUCGUGAAGCUCGUUUCGAGGCCGAUCGUCUACUGAUGCAUCCUGGACGCGCACCAGGUCCUCGUGGCGACGAGGUGGGCACGAUCGCGCGCGUUCCAGCCUCCGGGGCCGGGUAGAAGUGUUCGAAGGGGGAAAUGAAAUCUUCGGUCGGAUUCGAGUGAUCGCGAAAGGAAGCAGGCGUGGAGACGGGGUUUCAAGGGCGCGAACGAAGAUGACGUCGUCGAUCCUGGCGCUGCUCGGCCUAAUCCUGGCGACCGCCAGCGCCGAGCUAAGCUCAAGGAUCGUCAGGACAAAGUACGGGGAUCUAUCAGGCGUUAUCGUGACCCUCGAUCGCCACCUCGAGGGCGUCGAGGUGUUUCGUGGCGUUCCGUACGCGUCGCCGCCGAUCGGCUCGUUGCGUUUCAUGCCUCCCGUGAGCAGCGCGUUGUGGCACGGCGUUAAAGUGGCGGACAAAUUCGGACCGGUCUGUCCCCAAAGGCUACCCGAGCUCAGUGACAAAAUGCCGAAAGGAAGGGUCGAAUAUUUGAGGAGAUUGCUGCCCUAUCUAAGGAACCAGAGCGAGGAUUGCUUGUACUUAAACGUCUACGCACCGGUCCAAGCUGGCGCGAGGGACGGUGGAGGAAGGAGAUACCCGGUGAUCGUGUUCGUGCACGGAGAGAGCUAUGAAUGGAGCAGCGGCAACCCUUACGACGGCAGCGUAUUGGCGAGUUACGGGGGUGUCGUCGUCGUCACUAUAAAUUACAGGCUCGGCAUUUUAGGUCUGUUGUUUCAUCGCAGCGUUCUAAUGUCUGGCAGCGCGCUUUCACCGUGGGCGCUCGUGAGAGGAGCCGCAAAUUACGCUCUGCAAGUUGCCAAACAUCUAAAUUGCUCGUGGGCCGCAAGUGAUUCUCAAGCGUUGCUCAGGUGUCUGAGAGAGGUGCCAUUGAACGCGCUGGUUUCCGUACCCGUAAAAGGAUUGGAAUUCGCCCCCGCCUUCGGACCAAGCGUGGACGGAGUUGUGAUUGAUCCAGGGGAUCCAGAGGAUCAAGACUUCACCCUGCAAGUGGACACGAUCAAUACGUUGAACAACAUUUUACUGCGGAAGGACGUCGUAGCGAAGCUCUCGAGGUACGAUUUGAUGAUUGGCGUGGUCCGGUCGGAGGCGUAUUUCGCUUUAACAGCGGAUGACGCGCAGUACGGGAUCGAGGCUGACAGAAGAACGAAAAUCCUGAGGGAAUUCGUGCGUAACACGUACACGUAUCAUCAAGCGGAGAUCUUGGCGACGAUAAUCAACGAGUACACCGAUUGGGAACGGCCCGUUCAACAUCCGGUCAACAUAAAGGACGAGACCUUGGAAGCCUUGGGGGAUGCGAACACCGUGGCACCGGCUACGAGAACGGCAGAUCUUCAUAGCCAAUCCCGUCGAAACUCGUAUUUGUACGUAUUCGACUAUCAGUCGAAGUUCGGCGACUAUCCUCAGAAACCAGGUUGCAUUCACGGGGAGGAUCUUCCAUAUUUUUUCGGGGCGCCGUUGGUAGGCGGCCUGUCUCAUUGGCCCAAGAACUACACGAGGGCGGAGAUGGCUCUAUCGGAGAGCGUGAUACUCUACCUGACGAAUUUCGCGCGCACAGGGAAUCCGAACGAGGGAACGCCGGACGUCGGACCGAUGAGACCCGAGAGAACGAAGUUGAAGAACAUCGAUUGGAUCGCUUACGAGACGGUGCACAAAAAGUAUCUGAGCAUAGAGCUCAAGUCGAAACUGAAGAACCACUACAGGGCGCACAGACUCUCGUUUUGGUUGAACCUGGUCCCCGAUCUCCACAAGCCUGGCUCCGACGACGUUCCUAGAUCGCAUCAUCUUCUCGACACCGAACAGGUGCCGCCCAGGUUCAUCCAGAGGGUGCCAACGACGACCAGGAUGACAACGGCGGAGGUGACCCUGGCCGAAAGAGCUCACAACUUCUCGACAGCGGCACCCAGCGAAUUGACGUUCGAGGACUCGACGGUCCAGCCGGAGGACGGUUUCGCCGCUUACUCGACGGCCCUCAGCGUGACGAUAGCGAUCGGUUGCAGCCUGCUCAUUCUCAACGUGCUGAUUUUCGCCGGCGUCUAUUACCAACGCGACAAGAGCAACCAGCACAAUUGCUCGAAGAAACGUCAAGAGAACGGGCAGAUGCCCAACAACAUCUGCGGCGAUCUCGACACGAAGACGGCCGAGAGACACCACAUCCAGCACAUCCCGCCGCCCGAGUUCGCCGAUCUGCAGAACAACACGUGCCACGUGCCCAUGCCACCCCCGCCGCCCAAGAACACGAAACCAGGGAAGCCGGGGCAAAACCUCAUCAUAAGCCCUAACCAACUGCAACAGGAGAGCAUGGCGAUGAGCGGCGGUGGGACGGGGACGUUGAAGAAGGGACACAAUCAUCAACAGCAGGUGAUGGACGAGUUGAGGGUUUGACUCGACGAGCACCUCGUGAGUGCGGCUGAACUCUUACGAACGAUUCACGAUUCCCGUGAAGCUUCGGAUUGGUUUCCAACGAGCCGCUCCUUCGAUUUUCACGGUAUUCGCCGUUUGCUCGUGGAUUCGAAGGGGUUGAGUGUGAUCGCCAGCCGUUUGAAGGAAAGCCUGUUCUGACGAGGCCUUCGAGUUAAAGAGGGAUAAAUACAUCGAAAAUACGUCGUGGGGUUUCAUUCCUACGAUUCUACGCGACGAGGAACAGGAUACGCGAAGUAUCUUCUCCAAGAUUCCUCUUGAAUCUUCAGGAAGGUACGACGUUCGAUGAUGUUGGUUGGCCGAAUCCGAAUCCUUUCGAUCGAAUCGUUCGCGACACUAAAUCUAAAAUCUCGCGAGUGUAUAAAUAGAGAGACACGUGUGAAAGCGUUAACUGACCCGUUAUCCUUUUCUACUUCUAUUCCGUGAAACGAACAGAGAAGAGAAACACGUACGACCAACUGCCGAAAAAUCGCAUAGUCUUCGAUAUUGUAAUAACGAUACCUUAAGUAGAAAUCUUUCGAGGGCGAACAUUCGAGAAUCGUUUCCCGCCGAUCAUCCAACCUUUCGAAACGAUUGUUUCUCGAAUCCGCAGCCUCUACUUUUUGUAACUUAUUUACGAUCCGAACAAUUUGUUCCUUCUUUCCGAUCAAGGAAUUGAACUUCAUCGAAUUAUAUUCUGUUCAACCAAAUUACGACCGAUGCGAUGAAAUAUGCAUUCCGUUUCCAAACCAUUUGCACCUCGAAUGGAAAGGAUCCGCGUACGAGUCCCGGCCAAUGUUGUUGUUUCAUAGAUCUAUUUCCUUCGACGAGGCCUUCGCCUUUCUCGUUCGCCGUCGACUCGUGCGUUCGAUUCGUUUCCUCGUUACAACUUGCGUUCCAACUUCGAGUAAGAUCCGCUUGCAUCAUCGACGGCACUUCCAGCACUGUCCACCGGACUUCCAUUCUUAUUUUCUUAUUAAAUUAGUCGAGAGUCGCCUUCUCAGGGGAGGAGGAAGCAGAGCCUUUCGAAUCGAUCUGUCUACGCUCUGUCACUGCCACGGGAAAUGAGCUCGUGUGGCGAAAAUCAAGGAGCUGGAAGUAGUGUCGAUCGGCCUAGAUAGCUCAAUAAAGGAUACAAGAGUUAAGAAAAAGAACAAAAAGGAGCGAGGACGAAGGGCCACGAUGACACGAUGCAACUGAGAUCUCGAAUUGACGUACGGCGCCGUAAAGUUCUUUUUUUACCAACCGAAAAUGGGAAAAAAAAUAAAGAUCGAGGAAAUCACCUCGCUCGAUUCGUCGUUAAAAUUACGCAACAGCAUACUGCCAAAAAAAAAAAAGAAAAAAGAAAAUUGAGACGCGAAUCAAUACGAAAUGCGAAUGCUUUGAUCGUUUCGAAAAAAAAAGUGUGUAGUCGCGGUUCGAACAGAAAUAAAAUGAGGAAAUGUGUCGUUUUUUUCAACUCCAUUUUCCUUUUUUUCUUACCUUUUUUUUUUUAGAACGCGAAACGUUCUAAGAAGCACGUGGACGUACUGUAUGAGAACAGGAUGGGUUAUAGAGCUGUAAAUAAUAAUGAAUAAUUAAACUUUUAGUGAUUCAUCGAGUCGUUUGUGGCGAAAAUUUUUUUUGCUGAUGUUUGAAACGACGAAAAAAAACGAGAAAUCGUACGAUUGUAAUUGCACUUGUGUCGAGUAAGGUCGAGAUGGUGUGGUCAGCGUAGAAGCACUGUGGACGUAAUUUUAAAUUUGUAUAUAAUUGACAUUACAAUAAACUGUGUAAACAAUUACUUAUUAGCUACAAAAUUUACAGAACGUUUUCCUUCAA